AUGAUUUUUUUCUUGCCGGGCAUUUUGGGUUCUCCGAUGCCCAGGUGUCGCCCAACCGACUUCACAGAAUUUACAGUGACCAUGGAGUCGAUGGCACGUCAACAUAAAGCCAAAAGAUUCUUGUUAAUCACUGAAAACCUCAGCGGUGAAUUCAGUCUGUCCUUCACGGGGAGUAGAGGAGCAACAGGGACAAGUGAGAUGACUGAUAUUUACAGUAUAUUGAUCAUGCACAAAGGAGUUAUGUCAUGGUUUGAGAAUCUUAAAAAUUUCAUCCAAAAUUAAAAUCCCCGUCUUUAAAUGUCAUAUUGUAUCGGCCUUGUUCUUUCUUUCUUUCUCUUUGCCUUUUAAUGUUCGACUACUCAAACAAACUUAAGUUUUCUAAAUCCCCCCACGUCAAGGGAAAUUUUUACUAGUCACAGAAAAUCCGAUUAAAAUAUCUUGGCGUGUCUUUAAAAGACUACAUGCAACUUCCGCAGUCAGCUACGCAGGCUUUGUGCAUGCAGGUAAACUCUCAGACGUCUCAACUGUGCAUCAGUCCAGCGAUUUCUAAUGUAGAUAGGCAGGUUACAGUUCGUUUUAUCGAAAGAGGGUGUCAUGGGUUGCCAGAAUGCAUAUGUGGAAACGGAAAUAAGAUUUUACAGCGAUGAGAAUAAACCAAAAAUCUGGACGAUUAUACAUGGGAAAAACUUCUUUACAAGAAAUACAUGCUCUUAGAUUCUUUUCCGGAGCAUGAAGUUGUAAUACAGCUUAACCCUUUCUCUCCCAAGAUCACUUUUAUAAUUCUCCUUACUGUCCGCCUUAUAUCUGUCAUGAUGCUAGUUUGGAGAAUUUGGUACUGGAUCAACUAUUAGUUCCCUAAUUGAUAUUUUUCUUUAUUCUCAUCACUUGUCGGCUUGAUUUUUCAUUGAUAUUGUAAGGAAAAAUUGUCUCGGUCAGGCAUGGGAGUUAAAGGAUUAAGAUACCAAGAUACUACUAAAAUAGAUAAUAGAAUCAAUUCAAAGCUGAGUUAUCAGCAAUGCAGUGGCCGACAGGAAAAAAGUUUUCAAGAAUACUACUUGUUUUUUGUUCACAGAGUUUGUCUUGAGGAGAGAAUGUUCAGGUCAAAACCUAGUGUAUUCCUUCAAGCCCUACAAAAAGCCAGACUUUAUCAUAGCUGUGGAGGAUGAAAAGUUGGUGGUGAAAGUAAGUCCCUGUUGUCAUUGAGAACGAUGCGUGGAAAAGGCCUUGGUCCAAGCGUGACCUUAGUCAUGAAAUGUAAUUGUAAAUGCCAGCCAGAUGCCCGAGUGAAAUCAUCUUCGUGAAAAUUCUGGCCUGAAGAUGUAACAGACUCUUUGUACAAUUCGCUUCUUUUCAUUUUUCCAACAAGAAAAGGGCUUCCCAGCAACAUCUUCAAUAGAUCUAAGUAUGGCAAAAUUCUUUCUCACAUAGAAUACGCUGGAGCAAUGCUGUAUCUUAAUUUUUUUUCUCAAAUCUUGCAUUCAUCCACUAAUGACGAUCUGUGAAUCCUACUUAGAUAUAAGUUGUCACGCCCCGAUGGCUUGGCUGUUGAUUCUUAGUUUUCUAUUACGAUCUAUUAUGAUAUUCACAACUACAUCACUUUAGACCCAGAGGGCGCCCCUUACUAAAAACAAAAAUGCAAAAUUGCGUUUUGAGGAGCAUGUUCUCAAACCUUGCACUUCAUAUUUGCAGAGUGCAUCGACUGUGACAGACAACAAAUUGAAGUUCCAAAAGAGAAAUAUCGCCAUGACAUACUUUGACAGUGACCGAAACUCGGCUGUCAGCAUGGAAUAUUCCGCACUGAUGUCUUUAUCCACACCUCGAGCGGUAAUUAAAAGUAAUAGGUCUGGAAAAGUGUUCCUAGACAAGAAAAAGAACUGGAAAGAUUGUCGCGCAUGGGUAAAAAUAAACGAUAAUGUUUAA